CGGCAAUGGGGAAAGAGGUUGGCAUCCAACAACGCGAAGCAGACAUGGAGAUGGACUUGCCAAUACGUGAGGUUAUAAUAAAGACUGGGCUCCCUCAUGGUCCCAGUCUAAGUGCUCUUGUUUGUCAAUUGCUGCCAUCGUCAUUACUUCUCCUUACCCAGGCCUGCAAGCGACCAUUCCCCUCAAGGACCUUGACCACUAGCCAGUCGCCAUGGCCUCAAGUGUCUCCCGUUUGGGCCUGGCCGCCCUUUUCCUCGGCUUCGCAGCCGCCCAGCGCCAGGUCGGACCGGCCGAGAACCACCCGCCGCUGAAGACGUGGCGUUGCACCAAGGCCGGCGGCUGCACCGAGGCCAGCAACUUCAUCGUCCUCGACUCCCUUGCGCACAACGUCUACCAGGAGGCCAACGGUGCAUCCUGCGGCUCCUGGGGCAACCCGCCCAACGCAACGGCGUGCCCUACCAAGGAGGCCUGCGCCGAGAACUGCGUCCAGGAGGGCCUCGACGACUACAGCCGCAUGGGGGUCACCACGGACGGCAGUGCUAUGACCAUGUACCUGCUCCGGAACGGCCUCCAGGUGUCUCCGCGCGUGUAUCUGCUCGACUCGUCCAAAGAGAAGUACGAAAUGAUGCACCUGACGGGCAAGGAGAUCGCUUUCGAUGUGGACGUUUCGAAACUCCCCUGUGGCAUGAACAGCGCCUUGUAUACCUCCGAAAUGAAGGCCGAUGGCGGGAAGAGCGCGCUUAACAAGGGAGGAGCUUUUCAUGGAACCGGAUACUGCGAUGCACAGUGCUACACGACGCCAUUUAUCAAUGGUGAGGCCAACAUUGAGGGUUACGGGGCGUGCUGUAAUGAGAUGGACAUUUGGGAAUCGAACUCUCGCGCGGCGCACGUGGCACCUCAUCCUUGCAACCAGACCGGCGUCUACCUUUGUGAGGGCGAAGACUGCGCGUACGAAGGGGUAUGCGACAAGGACGGCUGCGCCUGGAACCCGUACAGGGUCAACACCCCGGAGACCUACGGCCGCGGCCCGGAGUUCAAGGUGGACACCACGCGUCCCUUCACCGUCAUCACGCAGUUCCCGGCCAACGAGGCCGGCGUUCUUACCGAAAUCCACCGACUGUACAUCCAGGACGGGCGCCUCGUUCGCAGCCAGGUCGUCAACAACCCGGGCCUGCCGCAGGUCAACUACCUCAACGACGAGUUCUGCGCCGCAACGGGCGCCCGACGGUUCACGGAGCUGGGCGCGCACCAAGGAAUGGGCGAAUCGUUCGACCGCGGCAUGGUACUCGCCUUCAGCAUCUGGUGGGACGAGGGCGGCGGCAUGAGGUGGCUUGACGGCGCGCCCGAUGCCGGGCCGUGCGAUGAGACGGAGGGGUUCCCGCAGAACGUUAUCAAGGUCGAGCCGAAUCCCGUCGUGACGUUCAGCAACCUCAAGUGGGGAGAGCUCGGAUCAACGUUCAAGCCUGAGUGCAAGAACAAGCCUAGGAACCUGUGAGUCUGAAGUCUGAUGAAGUCAUAUCAGUGGUUGGAUAGAGCCGGGUCAAUCAUGUGGUCGCUACCCGAUUGUACCAAAACACGACAUAAAUUACCUUCGAUGAACAAUUACCUUGUACAAGAAAAAUUCAUUUCGUUUUUUGAACAUUGUGCAACCAAUGUGACCCAGUUUGCCAACGUUAGUACGAAAGAAGAGACGGAGGAUGGAGUUCCUGAAUGGCAGCGUCUGGAAGUGGAGGAAGGGGUGAAAACGAACGGCCCAACACGA